GGACAGUACGCGUUUAUUCUAGUUUCCCCCGAAGCGUUAGUCGAAUCCGACUGGCUUCUACAACCGGGACGCUUGCCCCGAAUCAGCUUUGUCUGUGUGGAUGAGGCUCAUUGUUUAGCGGACUGGUCGCAUCACUUCAGACCAUCCUAUUUGAGAGUAUGUCGGAUUCUUCGUGACACGCUCGGUGUCUCCUGUUUCCUCGGUUUAUCGGCCACAUGCACACCUUCCACAAUAUCGAACGUGUGCAAAAAUUUGGGUAUGCCGGAUGGAGUUCCACGUCUGAUCGGGGAUCGGAUCAAUGAGGAUACCUUAUUCCAACCGGGUUAUGUACAACCGACUCUAUCCCCAAUUCCACCGAAUCUCACCAUUACCGCAUCCACAGAUGUGGAUCGAGAAGAGGCCUUAUUGGGUUUGCUUACCCGUCCACCGUUCUGUGAACUGACUGGGGGCAUUCUGGUCUACUGUGCCACACGUGAUCAGACCGAACGACUGGCCUCGUUCGUGCGGACCUCACUCCAGUCGGUCGUGAAUCAGGUUGGUCGUCGUCGGAUGGAAUGGACUACCGCUGCGUACCACGCUGGUCAGACGUCGACAGAGCGUGCGCGCAUCCAGAAGCGUUUCAUGACCGGACGUCUCCGAGUUCUGUUUGCCACAACCGCGUUCGGAAUGGGUGUAAACAAGCCGGAUUUACAAGCGGUCAUCCACUACUCGCUCACACGAUCUUUUGAGAAUUAUAUCCAGGUGAGUGUGCAAUAUGCGACAGGCACAUGA